ACUGGAGUGGGUGGAGGAGUGAAUGGAGAUGCAGAAAUGGGAUUCAGUGAGUCACUCUUUCAAAAGACUGGGCUCCAUGGGAGGAGCCAGGCCCUGCAUGGUGCUAGAAAACGUGGGGUGGAGGGGGUAUUUAUUUUUAAGAUGAGAAAUUGUAUUUGAAUGCAGAUGGAAAAGAGAUGGGGAAAGGGAGAAAGUGAUGGCAUAAGUGAAAAAAUUACCACCAUCACCAUUGUCAUCAUCUUCGCUGGCACCAGCUAGCAACCACAGGGAAGGCUUGCCUGGCCCCCUUCUUCUGUAAUCACAUUACAGUUCCAUUCUGUGCCCUUCUCCUUCAGAGGGCUUCUCACUAUUGCCGCAUCUAUCCUCAUGUCUGUACUGAUGCCCAAGGCGCUGUCCAGACCCUUCACUGUCUCAGCUGUGCCCACACGACCAUGCCUCUGACAAGCCUUUGUGAGAGGCAGUAUGCACACUUUUGCCUCAUGAAACAUUGCAGCCUUCUGUAGAUUGGCCCAAGGAAUUGAGCCAUAAAUGCACAUGCCCUUUGACCUGACGUUUCACCUCAGGUGGCAUAAAUGCCUUUGCUGGGAGAAGACUCUCCGAUAAAUGCUCCUGACUACAUGGGUCCGUGCAGCAAAGGCAGGAACAAGGCCCCAGGCUAGCUGUGGGUUAAGCAAAUGUGAAGGCAGGUUUGUCUCAGAGCUUGUCUUUCACUUUAGAGCUCACACCUUUGCUCAGAACUUAUAAGAGACAGGCAGAGUUUGCUGAGAGACACUUCCUUCCUGGGGAACUCAUAGAACCUUCUCUUCAUGUUGCCAGUGGGCCAGUUAUGCAGGUACAAAUCUGCAAAAGUCCUUCAGAUCCAAAGCAUAUGGGUCGGGACUCUGAAGAAUGCCUUCCUAGGAGCCAUCUGCAUCUACAUUUGCUUUGCUUUGGUGAGUGACAAGCUGUAUCAGCGGAAGGAGCCUGUUAUCAGCUCCGUGCACACCAAGGUCAAAGGGAUCGCAAAGGUGACAGAGAAUGUCAUGGAGGGUGGGGUGAUGAAGUCACUGCACAGCGUCUUUGACACUGCGGACUACACCUUCCCUUUGCAGGGGAACUCCUUCUUCGUAAUGACCAAUUUUCUCAAGUCAGAAGGCCAAGAACAGAAGCUAUGUCCUGAGUUCCCCACCAGCCGCUCUGCACUCUGUAAAUCUGACAGGGACUGUAAAGAGGGAUGGAUGGACGCGCAAAGCAAAGGACUCCAGACUGGCAAGUGCAUACAAUAUGAUAAGAACAGGAAGACCUGUGAAGUCUUUGCCUGGUGUCCCGCAGAGGAAGGGAAAGAGGCUCCCCGGCCUGCACUCCUGAAGAGCGCUGAAAACUUCACUGUGCUCAUCAAGAACAAUAUCCACUUCCCCGGCCACAACUAUACAACGAGAAACAUCUUGCCAGAUCUGAACAUCUCUUGUAUCUUUCAUAAGACUCAGAACCCUCAGUGUCCCAUUUUCCGACUAGGGGACAUCUUCCAAGAAGCAGGGGAGAGCUUUUCAGAGGUGGCAAUUCAGGGAGGAAUCAUGGGCAUUGAGAUCUACUGGGACUGCAACUUGGACAGCUGGUCCCAUCACUGUCAGCCCAAAUACAGCUUCCGCCGCCUGGAUGACAAAUAUACCAAUGAGUCCUUGAUCCCAGGCUACAACUUCAGACACGCCAAGUACUAUAAGGAAAACAAUGUGGAAAAGCGGACACUGAUCAAGGCCUUCGGGAUCCGCUUUGACAUCCUGGUUUUUGGCACUGGAGGAAAGUUUGACAUCAUCCAGCUGGUUGUGUACAUUGGAUCCACACUGUCCUACUUUGGCUUGGCCACUGUAUUCAUUGACUUGAUCAUCAACACGUACUCAAGCGCCUUCUGCAGGUCCGGUGUUUACCCCUACUGUAAGUGCUGUGAAGUGUGUGCAGUCAAUGAGUAUUACUACAGGAAGAAGUGUGAGCUGGUUGUGGAGCCGAAGCCGACGUUAAAGUAUGUGUCCUUUGUGGACGAGCCCCACAUUCGUAUGGUGGACCAGCAGCUGCUCGGGAAGAGUCUGCAAGUUGUCAAAGGCCAAGAAGUUCCAAGGCCUCAGAUGGAUGUCAUGGACCUGUCUAGGCUGUCCCUAUCUCUCCAUGACUCACCUCCCAUUCCGGGACAACCUGAGGAAAUGCAGCUGCUGUGUAAAGAGGUGGCCCCCAGGUCUGGGGACAGCCCAGGCUGGUGCCAGUGUGGAAACUGUUUCCCAUCACGGCUACCAGAGAAUCGCAGGGCCCUGGAGGAGCUGUGCUGCCGGAGGAAGCCGGGACCCUGCAUCACCACCUCGGAGCUCUUCUGGAAGCUCGUGCUAUCCAGACAAGCCCUGCAGCUCCUCCUUCUCUACCAGGAGCCCUUGCUGGUGCUGGAGGAAGAGGCCACUAACCGCAGGCUGCGACACUGUGCGUACAGGUGCUAUACAAUCUGGCGCUUUGGCUCCCAGGACAUGGCUAACUUUGCCAUCCUGCCCAGCUGCUGCCGCUGGAGGAUCCGGAAGGAGUUCCCCAAGACAGAGGGGCAGUACAGUGGCUUCAAGUGUCCCUACUGACAACAUGGCUGCCCCAUUAAGGUGGCUCAUAAUACAGCUUGUCUUAUAACCUAGAGCCACAUUCUCUGACAAAGGGAACUUAGUUUUCCUACCUUGUAAGCCCUUUGUGUGUUGAAGACCUAGUUAGCCCAACCCGCAGGUGUGCAAGACCUCUCCACAUGGAUGAGAACCAGAUGCAGAUCUGAGCCUGGAGUCUGGCCCUGGGCUUUAAUGUGUACGUAGGCUCCUCAUUUCCAGACUACUUUCUCUGAACUAUCGUGAGACCAGAUUGAGAUGGUGUAGGUGAUCUCUUGUAAAUGUUUACAUAGCUCCAUGGAUGCAAAGGUCCAACCCUAAAAACAAACCCUUUGGGAUUUGAGAAUGUCCUGAGAGAUUAAAGAUGGUCACAAUUCUUCAACACCCUCCCAACCCAACCCUAGCCGUUGUUUUCCCCUCCCCAUUAUGGGCAGCUCUGCUGGCUUCAUCCAGUAGUGAAUGUGACGUUGCAUCUAUUUCAAGACCUUGCCUUAUGAGGCUAACAGCUUCCACUUCCUGUCCUUGGAACUCUUGUUGAGGGGAAGCCAGCCCAGGUUGAGAGUCUGGCUAUAGGAGGCUCUUCUGCUGUGAGGAAGCCCCACGGAGAAAUACCCAACCCUCUGCCAGCUCAAAUCCUCUACGCCUGCCUGGUCACCACACUGGGAGAGAAGCUGCCUUCAGGUGAUUCCAGACCCUACUAACAAGAGAAUGAAACUGCAGGAGAUAGGCCAAGAGUGAAUGUCCCAGUCAACCUAGAGGACCACCCUCCUGUCUUUCGUCGUUAUAUUGGGGAGAGGGGAGUUGGCACACAGCAAUAGGUAACUGGACAAGAGGUGGGCACUGAGGCCUAGAGUCACUGCAAAAUGUAACUCUGUUGGACAGUUGCAAGAGGACCCAUUAACCCAGCCUAGAAGCCAUCAAAUCUAACUUAUACAAGGUAUAGCCUGAUCCUCAUUUCUAGCCUAUGGUUCCAAGUGACUACUGUCAGAAACAGGAAAAGCCACCUCUGUGCCUUUAACAUCCUGGACUUUACAGCCACUGAGUGUGAAGGCAAUCUGCAUGUUCCUUUAAAAAGCAGCCUAGACUGCCAGGGGCAGCAUAAUUUCAGUGCCCAGAAGUCCGAGGCAGGAAGGUUGGGAGUUCCAGGCCAGCCUGGGUUCCAUUGUAAGACCAUGUCUUUCUGUCUUUUUUUUAUUUUUAUUUUUAUGUUUGAGUGUUUUGUGUGCAUAUGUAUCUGUGCACUGUGAGCAUACCUGGUGCCUGUGGGUGUAGAAGAGAGUGUCAGAUCCUUUGGAAUUAGAAUUGCAGAUGGUUGUGAGCCACCAUCUGAACUGAACUCGAGUCCUCUGUGAUAGUAACAUGGGCUCUUAACUACUGAGCCAACUCUCCAGCUUCAAAACCACCUCUUAAAAAAAAAAGUCAUAAUCAUAAUGAUUAAAAAAGAAGGGGGAAGAGGGGCUAGAUAGAUGGCUCAGUAUAGGGGUAAGAGUAUUAUUUUCUGCAAAGCAUGAGGACCUAAGUUUGGAUCACAGCAUCCACACAAAGAGCUGGCUCAGAGGGUGAAAGAGCUUGUCACGUGAUCUGAUGACCUGAGUUCAACCCUUGAAACCUUGGGGGAAGUGGAGAACCAACUCCUACAAGUUGUUCUCUUACCUGCACAUGUCACACUAACACACUCACACACAUACACACACAACUCAUACACACACACUCACUCACACACAUACACACUCACACACACAUAAACACACACACACACUAAUAAUAAAUACAUUCAUUUUUAAAGAAAGCCAGUACCCUUCACUGUCUUCUACAAGUGCUAAGCGUAUAGGAGUGAACAGUCACAGGUUUGGGGUCUGGCCUCAUGAUCUUUUUUACAGCUUUUCACUGGACAUGGCUACUUGUUUCUAAGAGACUUGUGCAGAAUAGAGACUGUGAGUAUUAGGAGAUACUGUGACUGAUGACCUGAGACCUUCAGGUCUACGCUGAGACUUACCAUUUUGAGACUUUUAAAAGCUAGAAUCAAUAAAUAUAAACUGAAGGGUGGGGCUGAGACUGCUUAAUAAAUGACAGUGCUUGUGACAAGCCCAUGGCCUGGCCUGACCCACACGAUGGAAAGAGAGAGCCGACUCCCACAUGUAAGCACUGCAUGUGACCACCCCCGAUACAUGAUGUAAGUUUUAAUAACAGAGACUUCUACUGCAGUGAGAUAAAACAGCAUGGAUAAAACCUAAUUUUUUUUAAGCCUAGAGUUUUUUCUAGCUUUAAACUCAGGAACCACACUAGUUGCACCAGCUUUGAUUUUCAUUAUUCUAUCUUUCUGGAGAUAUCUUUUAAAAGUGGACUGUAUUUGACUUCAGAGUUGAACCGUUUAGUCUAGGAUGCUAUGUCAGAGCUACAGGCGUCCCAUUCUGUGGCCUCAGCAUUGUCAAACCUUUGUCUCGAUGCCCCCUUCCUAGUGACUUACAUCUCCUUGUUGAGGCCUCAAAUAGUAUAAUCACUGGACCCCUCUCGUGUUUUCUUCUGCUUUGGUCGCUGGUGCUCUGGUGAGGGUGACACUACUUUAUGUAUAGAGUGACACUUUCUGCAGCUGUGGUGAUAUAUGCAUCCUUACUGUGCAGGUAAUGCCUUGGGCUGGGGCUGUGAGUGCCCAUUUUGUAGGAUCCAGCUCCUUGUUGUUAGAUCCAUUCUGCCCUAUCCACUGCCCGAUAUUCAUGCCUUCCUCCGUCAGAAGGGAGAGCUGCUUCUUCACACAGAUGACCGACUCCAUGCAGAACUCAGGGUGUAUUCAUCCCUCUCUUUAAAGGGAACCAUCUCCUAAACCUUUCCUAAUUUCAGGUUGGCAAUGUAAGUUUUCUUAACUGUUUUAAUAAUAAAAAUUGAUUUAAAUUCA